AGUGUAAGGGGCCCAGAAGGCCCCUAAAUAAUUGAGAAAUUUCAAUAUAUCUUGGUAGAACAGGUCAAUUUACUAAUGUCUUGGGAGCCCUAAAUUGAAUUUGCUGUGGGGCCUGUAUCAUCUAGUUACGCCCAAUUGCUCUGUGUCUACUGUUCCUUUUGGGGCUAAAUUAGAAGGGGUUAAAAACACGCACACCCAUGCAAAUUUGUUAUGAAAUCUGUUGCUGGGUGCAAGCAGCCACAGCCGCGCAUGUCACAUAAUUUUAGAACUGUCAUGGCCGCUGUUCAUCAGCAUUAGUACUUAUAAAACACUUUUAUUCAUGCAAAGUUUUAGUGUUUAAAAGAAAAGAAGGCAGAUGAAAGAGUCCGAGGAGCCUGGGGCAGACUAUGAAGAAGUCAAUAAAUAGGCAAUUUAGGCAUAGGGCCUUUCCACUGGCAUCCAUUCUAUUCAUGGGGCAAAUUAGCAAAUAAAAUGCAGGCAGAAGAAAAAUGUGACAGUAUAUGUACAUCUUUAUUUGGCAAUUAUACCUAUAUGGAUACAGUAACUACAGUUCUGUGGAUCAGGAUACCUUGGAAUAAAUCUUUGCCUGGUGCUCUGGGCACCUAAGGUUUGGCCUGUAAUAGGAUCAUUACAUACCACUGACAAGAUGGGAUGAUUAUUAUUAUUAUAUGUACUAACUUUAUAAAGCAGUCAUUUUGGGGUGCAGAUUCCCCCUAAUGCCUGUAAUAGGAUUAUUACAUACCACUGACAAGAUGGGGUUAUUAUUAUUAUUUGUACUAACUUUAUAAAGCAGUCAUUUUGGGGUGCAGAUUCCCCUAAUGCCUGUAAUAGGAUUAUUACAUACCACUGACAAGAUGGGGUUAUUAUUAUUAUUAUUUGUACUAACUUUAUAAAGCAGUCAUUUUGGGGUGCAGAUUCCCCUAAUGCCUGUAAUAGGAUUAUUACAUACCACUGACAAGAUGGGGUUAUUAUUAUUAUUAUUUGUACUAACUUUAUAAAGCAGUCAUUUUGGGGUGCAGAUUCCCCCUAAUGCCAUAACAAAUUCUUUAACAAUCUAUACUUUCCCCUAAUCACAUCCUCAGUGCAGAUCUGGCUGAAACCCCUAAUGCAAGGAGCCCCAUUAAUUUGGGAGCAGCUUGCUGAUCAUUAGGGGUCUUCAGCAAAGUCACACGCACCAGCGCAGGUUCUGAACCCCAGUUGUGUGGGAGCCACUAGGAACCACUUUGUGAGCCAGAUUAGAACUGGGAUAACAUCCCUGUACAGGCUGGAGACCCUGAGCCUACACCCGGCACAGCUGUUGGGAUGUACUAAAUAAAAGACAGCAGGGGGUUGGGAGGACUGGCAAAUGUUGUCAUAGUGGACAAUGUUAUAUGAAAGGUUAUAUGAAAAGGUAAUGACAGUUCUAAUGAGAUACAAAAUGCUGUUGUGCUGCUAUUUCCAGUCCAGCUUCUUGUAUCAGAGGUUUCCAUCCUUCCAGCCAUUACUGAGUAUGGAUUUGAAGCUUUAUUUUGACAGUUAAAGACACACAGCGGGUCAAUGGCUGGAAAAAAGGCAACACAGUAUGGCAAUGAUAUUGGGACAAUGUAAUAACUGUCACAAAGUUUGUACCAGGUCUAGUGUCGCAGAGCAACCAAUCAGAUGCUUGCAUUCAGAUAAUGUCACAUGAUGCCCUAACUGCCCAACUGUCUUUUGACAGUUGGCUGCAAAGCUAGAGAUCGCUGCCUUUUGCCUACUCUCACUGUAAGUACAUUUUCCUGCUAAAUAUGGAAAGAAUCCUGUUAUUACAUUGCUAAUUCAUUAAUAGGGAGGCAUUGCCAGUCCUUGGGCUGCACUGAAUAAAAACUAAAAGCACAAGAAGUAUGAUUUUGCCCAUAUCCAGUGGGCUCACUGGCACGUGGCUUUCUAUUGUAAUUACAGCAAUACUGGCACUUCUCUAUACAUUUUUAUUCAUCCCAUUAAUAUUUCCUCCUCAUAUUUUUACUUUAUAUUAUAUUUAGUGUAAUAUUAGUGCUGAUUAUAUCAAAGUUAUGGGCUCCCUAUUCUUUAGCCAUUACUGAUAAUGGAUGGCAGGUUGGCGGUUGAUGAGUUAGGUGCCUGCAGGCUGCACUGGCAAUCUGGAAACUCUGUAAAUGCCAAAGUAGCUGCUGUAAGCUGCCAUAGACUGAUGUUUCAUAUUGUCUGAGUGCACUAAGGUGAGUGCCCAACUGCUGGCAGACAGCUGCACAGCUACAGAUCCCUGCCUGUUGCCUGCUCUCUCUCUGUAAGUACAUUUUCUGGAAAAACAUGCAAAAUAAAUCCUGUAAUUACAUUAAUCAUUUAUUAUUAUUAAGGAGGCAAUGUCAGUUGUUGGGCUUGAUUUAUUAAAGGCUGAUACUGCUAAAAAGAAGCUUUUUAACCUUAUAUAUUGAUCUCAUUGGGGCAUGAAUUCUACUGAGAUUAUAGCGAUACUGGUGCUUUUUAUAUACAUUUCUUCUAAUAUUAUAAAUUUUUUUGUACACAUUUCCCUAUAUAUUCUGUAAGAUUAUAAGAUUUUGAUAAGAAUAUAAGAUUUAUUUCUUCACUGACAGCUGUCAAAAUACCAAGGUGGCAGUUGGUGACAGUUGGGCAGUCAGCUAAUGGCUGGGCUAAUAAAUUGUAAUUAAACUACAUUAAUAACAUUAAAAGAAAUCUGCAGGGAUGUGUUUCAUGCAACUAUGGGGUGGGGAAAAGCAAAUGAGAAAUGUGGGUCCUGCUGAGACUUAUGGGAGUGAGAUAGUUAAUAUGGCUUCCUGGUGUGACCAGGGCAGAUCAUACCAAUAAUGGGUGACACGGGGGAAUGAAUCCUGAAGGGGAGUGAUUAUAACAGUAUAUCCCAGGGUAAAUGCCUUUGCCUCCCUGUGCUGGGCCUGUCAGUAAUUCCCCUACCUACAAAUUAGAGUGGAAUGUGUUAAAUGCGUUUUUCCUGUCACAUCAGAUUAUAUCUGAUUAAAUGCGUUUUAAUAAAAAAAAAUGUGUCUAUCUGUGUGUAUUUAUAUGAUGUAUGUUUAUUACAGAUGUGUAAGUACAUUAUAGAGGGAGAUUCAUCAUUGAGCAGAUUCCAUGGCCUGUAUUUAAUUCCAUGUCUUUUUCUUUUACAGGAGAAAAGGUGAUGGGUUGCUGUCAAACUUUUUUUUCUAAAUCCAAGGUAAAGGGAUUCUCUUCUCUUUUUCAAUAUAUACAUGUAAGAGAAUGCCCAUGCCCACCAUCUUAAUGCCCAUAAUGGCACAGGGAAAAGUGUGCACUAUUCACAUCCGGGCAUAAAACUUUCACUUAGGUUAUAGCAUAGCUUGUGUAUAGUUGCAAACACAAUAUUUCAGCAGGUGAAAAUAAACAUGGUCACUUGCACAGCAUUUUGCCCACAUUUAUAAAUGAUUUGUUGUUUAAUAUUCCUUCUGUAAUUUUCUUCACUUCACCUUUACAGAACUAUUCUUAUAUUGAACCUAUAUUUGUGAAGAUACAUGAAAUUACUGAUGUGCUGGAGCCUCCGGUGGAGUUCAUUGCCACUGUAGAGAUGCCCGACCACCCGGUGCCACUAAUGGGUAAGUGUGAUCAUAAAGAGACUAAUAUGCACCUGUAAUGUUUAUACUAUGAGUUCCUGGCUCAUUCACUAUUGAUAUUUUUGGUAAAACAAUGAGGAAAGAGGUAACAUUAUAUAUUAUGGUCUAUUAUUUCCUGAUUAUAUAUAUUUCUUGGGGGGUGUCCUGGUUUUAAUAGCAAUCACAGGGUACAGUGCUAAUGAUGCCAUAUUGUUUGUUAUAGAUUCUCCUGAAGUGAUUGAGCCUCCGAAAAGUGAGGUUGGAAUGUCCCACACUGUUGGACAAAUGAUCCCAGCACAGGAGAAGGGUGGAUUUGAGCCAGAAGAGGACACGGUAGAUAACUUUACUGCCACCUCUUCUAGUGUCCCAUCAGCUUGUGAAGUGGUUGACAAUGGCUCAGAGUCAGACGCCGAGUUAUUAGGAGCAGACGGACCCUCUGACAGCUCCAUACCCAGAUCUGCCAUGUCUCUGGAAAACUUCAAUCUGGGAAAAGUAUUGGGUGAAGGCACCUUUGGAAAGGUGUUCCUGGCAGAGUACAAGGACACAAAACAACUGUGUGCCAUAAAGACCCUCAAGAAAGAGAGGAUUAUUGCCAAGAAUGAUAUCAAGAGUGUUUUCAAGGAGAAGCGAAUCCUUCAGAAGGUUACCAGCGCAGAGCACCCAUUCCUGGUUUCCUUAUACGCCACAUUCCAGAGUGAGAAUCACCUCUUUUUUGUUAUGGAAUAUCUUCCUGGAGGUGAUCUGUGCCAUCUGCUCGAGCAUCAAGGAGCAUUUGAGGAAUCAAAAGCCAUGUUUUACACUGCCUGUAUAGUGCUCGGCCUGGAGGAAUUGCACCGGAACAAUAUUGUUCAUAGGUAAGUGUUACAGCUCUUAUAGCACUGUACAUAUCACAUUAUCCAAUAUAAAAUUAAUUUAUCUGUGUCUUUAUAUCUAAUAUAUCUGUCUUCCCAUCUCUAUAAUGUCUAAUAU